UUAAAAAGGCGCGGAACGCUCCGCGUGCAGCUCUACAGCCUGCGCUCGCGCCACUCUUUGUGCCAUCCGCGUGACUCUGUGAGGUCCAGGUGCCGGGCACGCGCGCUGUCAGCGGAUCCCACGAGCCAAAGUUUGGACGGAGAGCAUCAUCAGAGCAGAGGCCAUGGCUGUCCACGCGCGGAGCCUUUACCUGUGGAUGCUGGCUCUGUGCGCGUGCGCAUCGCCGUCGACUGGGGCAGACUGCGGGAAGGAGUGCGCGCUCUGCGUGGUCCGUCUGCAGCGGCAGCAGCCUGCGUCCUCAGCUCUGGCGUGCUCAUUGGAGUGUGGGGGAGGGCUGGACAGCCAGAGACUGCGACUCUGCCAGGACUUUCUGCUGGGGGAAGGGAGAAGUUUUCUUCUGGAUGCUGAGCUUCGAACCCAGCAGGAGGGUGAGGGCGCCAUUCUGCCGAUUGAAGAUGCCGCAGUGCCCCCCCAAGAAAUGGAUCAGAAGUUUGACAACUUUAAAAAACGCUAUGGGGGUUUCAUGUCCCGUCGCUCUCCGACGCCAGAGGGGGUCCUGGACGACGCAGAAAACCAGGAAGAGGAGGAAAAUAUCCGCUUGGAGAUCCUGAAGCUCUUUAGCACAGCGGGGGAACACAGCAGAGAGAGGGAGGGUCAGGGGGGGGAAGCCGUGAAGAGGUACGGAGGUUUUAUGCGUCGAGCUGAAGGAGGGGAGGGCACAGGUAGUCUGCUGGAAGCCGUGUUAGAUCGGGGGCUGAAGAAGCGCUAUGGAGGCUUCAUGAGGCGCGUGGGGAGGCCGGAGUGGCUGGUGGACGGCACCAAGAACGGGGGGGUGUUCAAAAGGGCCUGGGAGAAUGGCAGUGGGCUGCAGAAGAGGUAUGGGGGUUUCAUGGAUUAGGAAUCUGCACCCCAUCACCACAUAGUCUGGACUUAAUGAGUUUAAGUCAGCCCCCACCAUCCUGACACCACCCAAACAUCUGCUUUGAUGUAAUGUGUUUGUGCUUAUUUUAUUGUUUCACUGUCCUAGAAUGACCCAAAUAUAGAAAUACAUUUUCAUCCAUACGUUCAUGAUAUUAUUUAUUAAAAGAGUCUGUUGAUUGA